UUUAUAAGCGAACGGACGAGAAGGCUUCGCGAUUAUGAUUCAGCGGCGCGGACGGCGUUUGCACGCGUCCGCGAAUUCUUUACGCCAAAACGCUCGCGAUCGCGUGAAAAAUAUAUCAACAACUAUUAAAAAUAGUUUGUAAUAAUAACAGUGCUAUAAAAAUAAUAUAAGUACUUACCAAAUUAUGACCAAUAUUAAAAGUUAUAUAUUAACAAAAAUUGACUGUUAGAUUUUUAAAAAAUUGACUGUAAUUAGUGAAAGUUUUCACAAGUGUUUUUGGUGCGUUUUGUGAUGAUGAUAUUUGUCUUACGUCCUUGUGAAGAUGUGAAUUAGUGUACAAUAAAAAUACAGAUUAAAGACAGAAAACUAUGUCGUUGAGGAUAACAUCGAAAGACAUCCGUAUUAUGAUAAGCUCCUACAAAGUAAAGGUCUCACAUAAAACGAUUUUCCGGUAGUCUACAAAGUUGACCUAGUAAAAUGGCGAACACCAGAUUCACGGUUUCCACCGUGGACACUGAAUCAAAGAAAAAUGGCAUCCACAUGGGAGCGAGCAUCAUCUCCAGACCCUUACGCUCUUCCGUGGAGACAGUUGAGAAAGGAGACCCCAAUCCUCAACCAGACACAUGGCUCCACGAUGCCGGGUGGAGGAGAAAACGGUCCCUGGCACAGCUCACCAGGGAAGCCCUACCUAGGAUGGAGAACUAUAGGAAUUCCCGGAGAGCCCUUAAAAGGCCGAGCUUGGGAGAGUUACAUGGAGAUCAUUUAAUUACUGAAGAGGAUGAGAAACAAAACGAAAGAGAUACCAAAUCUCCAACACCAGCUGCCGUUGGCAUUAAAUUAGGAUGGAUUCAAGGCGUGCUGAUACCAUGCCUGCUGAACAUCUGGGGCGUGAUGCUGUUCCUGCGCAUCUCGUGGGUGGUGGGGCAGGCGGGCGUCGGCCUCACGCUCGUCAUCAUCGGCAUCUCGGCGGUCGUGUGCGUCAUCACCACGCUGUCCAUGAGCGCGAUAUGCACCAACGGGGAAGUCAAGGGAGGCGGCAUUUACUAUAUAAUUUCAAGAUCACUCGGUCCCGAAUUUGGUGCAUCUGUCGGCAUAAUCUUUGCCUUCGCAAACGCAGUUGCAGCCAGUAUGAACACUAUAGGGUUCUGCGAUUCCCUGAACGACCUGCUGAAGACACAAGGGACGUAUAUAAUUGACAACAGUGUCAAUGAUGUGAGGAUCGUGGGCACUGUGGCGUUGAUCGUCAUGUGUGUGAUUUGUGCUGUUGGCAUGGACUGGGAAAGUAAGGCACAGAAUUUCCUGGUCGCAAUAAUCGUGGGCGCUAUGGUAGACUUUAUAGUCGGUACCUUGAUGGGACCAAAAGACUUAAAUGAGGUUGCAAAGGGAUUUGUGGGAAUAUCAACGGAGACGUAUGCUGCUAACUUUGGGACUGACUUCCGGAUAAGCGAGGGAAUACAACAAGAUUUCUUCACUGUUUUCGCGAUCUACUUUCCCUCUGUUACCGGCAUUCAAGCUGGCGCUAACAUCUCAGGAGAUCUAAAGGAUCCAGCGUCAGCUAUUCCCAAGGGAACUCUUCUAGCCUUGCUGAUAUCAGUGAUCAGCUACGCAGUCAUGGUGCUGUUUGCCGGAGGCGGGGCGCUGAGGCAGGCCAGUGGCAACUUUUCUGACCUGGUGCUUGCUAAUGGAACCCUUGUGGAUUACAGCGGUGUAUCCAAUUGCGUGAAUACUACGGAGGGUUGUGAAUUUGGUCUUCAUAACAGCUAUUCUGUAAUGCAGCUCAUGUCUGCCUGGGGUCCGUUCAUCUACGCGGGCUGCUGGGCGGCGACGCUGUCCACGGCGCUGACCAACCUGCUGUCCGUGCCGCGGCUGAUCCAGGCGCUGGGCCGCGACCGCAUCUACCCCGGCCUCAUCUUCUUCUCCAAGCCCUACGGCCGCCACGGCGAGCCCUACCGCGGCUACGUGCUCACCUUCUUCGUUUCGCUCAUAUUCUUGCUUAUCGCGGAGCUGAACACAAUCGCGCCUCUAAUCUCCAACUUCUACCUGGCGUCGUACGCGCUGAUCAACUACUGCACCUUCCACGCAGCACUCGUGCGUCCACUCGGCUGGCGACCUACUUUUAGAUUCUAUAACGUUUGGUUGUCGCUGGUCGGGUUCCUGCUGUGCGUCGCCAUCAUGCUUCUCAUCAGUUGGCAAACCUCCUUGGUGACCUUCGCGAUAUUCUUCACGCUCUACCUGAUCGUGCACUACCGGAAACCUGAUGUUAACUGGGGAAGCAGUACGCAAGCCCAAAUAUACAAGACGGCGCUGUCCAGCGCUCACAACUUGGCAAGGACCGGCGAACAUGUGAAGAACUACUGGCCUCAACUGCUGGUGCUGGCGGGGAAACCUCAAGACAGGCCAGCGCUUGUGGACCUGGGGAGUCUCAUCACCAAGUCCGGAUCACUGAUGAUUGUGGGAGAUAUAUCACAACAAAAACUGACAUACAAGGAGCGCGCACAUAGAAGACGUUUGGGAGAUGACUGGUUGCGCGAACGUAAAGUGCGUGCAUUCUGUACGGGCGUGAACGGGUUUAGCUUCGAGAACGGCGCUCGAGCGCUGAUGCAGGCCACGGGCGUGGGCAGACUGGCGCCCAACGUGUUGCUCAUGGGCUACAAGGCCGACUGGGCGACCGCGCCGUCCGCUGAUCUGGAGUCCUACUUCAAUGUGCUGCACACGGCGUUCGAAACUCGUCUAGCAGUGGCCAUCGUCCGCGUGGCAGGCGGGCUGGACUUCGCCGCGGUGUGCGAGGAGGCGGGCAGCAGCGGCCUCACCGCCACGUCCAGCUGCGGCGACCUGCGCGUGCGCGCUCCCAUCAUGCACGCCGACUCCGACCUCGACAUCCGCACAGCCGCUGACUCGCAACCCUCCAGUGGGAACAACCUCAAUCUUUUGACUCUCACAUCGUCGAGAUCAUUUACGAUAUCGGAGAAAAGUGAUACAAAAGAUAGGAAAAAAAAUAAAAAAGGAAUAGACAUGCACCGACAAGUGGUGUACAAGUCAGCCUCCGGGAUAGAAGUCUCUAUGGAGCAACUAUCUAAUAUGACGAUAUUUAAGAGGAAACAGGAAGCCGGCACGCUGGACGUGUGGUGGCUGUACGACGACGGCGGGCUGACGAUCCUGCUGCCCUACAUCAUCUCGCAGCGCUCGGCGUGGGCGCGCUGCAAGCUGCGCAUCUUCGCGCUCGCCAACCGACACCACGAGCUGGAGUUGGAGGAAAGGAACAUGGCCAAUUUACUGGCCAAGUUCAGGAUAGACUACUCCUCGUUGACGAUGGUUCAGGACAUCAUGGAACCGCCUCAGCCAGAAACUAAGAGAAUGUUUGACGACCUCAUCAAGAAGUUUACUGAUGAAACGGGAGAGUCUAAGAUCAGUCAGACGGAGCUCACAACGCUGGCGGAGAAGACGAACCGGCAGCUGCGCCUGCGCGAGCUGCUGCUGGCCAACUCCUCGCAGGCGCGUCUCGUCGUCAUGUCGCUGCCCAUGCCCAGAAAAGGUUCGGUGUCAGCGCCGCUGUACAUGUCGUGGCUGGAGAUGAUGAGCCGAGACCUUCCGCCCAUGCUGUUCGUGCGCGGCAACCACACCUCUGUACUUACCUUCUACUCCUAGAUAAACUGCUUAGAUUCAUUCUAACUGUUACUUUAUGAUCUGACACAAUCUGUAUGGUGUUAAAAAACUAAAUAUCUGAUCAAACUUCGUGAAGAUGAAAAAUUCCAGCAUAAUAUGUACCUAUCCUUGCCAAUCAAAUGUAAAGCUAAAAAGUUAAGAUUUUCCUUGGUCUUCAAAGAGAUGUAUCGAUAACCGAAAGAGAUAAUAUAACUCACCUAGGUAGGUACCUACUCCGUUAUAAUAUCGACAAAAG